AUGUGUGUUGGACAAAUCAAGUUAAAUAAUGGAUUAUUAUUACAAAAGGGUAAAUUAGGUUGGGUUAUUGCAGGACGUAUGCAGUCAAAUCCUUGUACCACGACAAUACGUAAUUUUUCUAAAGCUAAUGACAUUGACAAGCAGCUCACUCGUUUCUGCGAAUUAGAAGAGUUUCGACACUCCAAACCACUGUCAAACGAAGAAAAAUUGUGUGAAGAAGAAUUUGUAAGGACUUUCAAACGUGACAGUGAAGGACGCUUUGUAGUAACUAUUCCUCUAAAACAAGGUCCUGAAGUCCUAGGCGAUAAAUACGAUAUAGCAAAACCAAGGUUUUUAUCUCUAGAACGAAGAUUUAAACGAGAUCCUGAAUUCAAGAAACGUUAUAUCAAUUUUAUUAACGAGUAUAAAAAUAUGAAACAUAUGUCCAAGAUAGAACAUCCAGAUAAUGCAACUUUUAGUUAUUACAUGCCCCAUCAUGGCGUUAUAAAAGAAUCAAGUUUGACUACCAAGUUACGGGUAGUAUUUGAUGCUUCAUGUCCAAGUAGUAGUGGAUAUUCUUUUAACGAUUUGCAACUUGUUGGACCUACAAUCCAGUCAGAUUUAUUCUCACUCCUGCUGUAG